UGCUGCCGUCUUACCGACAGCUUUACGGUAGAGCCACGGCCGGAGAGACGAUGUGCGUGAGCGGUGCUCCGACAUGAUUGUGAGAGGACUUUAGCGGGGUUGUUUUUUUCUUCUGUCCUUUUCCUGUCUUUUCUCCAGAAGCCCUGGAGCUCGCGCUGGUGGAGCCGACAAGAGAUGCGCCGAGAGAACCGCGGGCACAUUGUGCGGUCGCCGCGAGAGCAGGAGGGCAGCAGCAUGUAACCGGGAGAAACGCGCCCGGCACCGGCGGCGGCAGAGGAGGCUGCUGCACCACCUGACACCUCGGGUUCCCUUCAACUCGCCACUUGGAUCUUCCCGAUGCGCUGACUGAACUCCGUCGACUGGUUUUUGGGGAUUUUUUUUCUAUCUUCGGCAAAAAUGAGCGAGGAGGUGUCAGAGGUCCCCAAAGAGCUUCUGGAGAGUGUGAGGGAUGCACUGGGGAGGAAGGUGAAGCUGUCGCUGAGGAGGAGAGUCAAACUGGAGAUCAAAGGAGACAAGACGGAGAACAGAGUCUUGGUGCUCGCGUCUCACCGAGCCUACCUCUUGACGGCACGCAUCCCCGCCAAGGUGGAACACUCCUUCAAUUAUCUGGAGAUCCAGGGGAUCUCUUGUAACAAGCCUACACAGCUGCUGAUCGAGUACGAGCGUGGCUCCUUCUCUCUGAAGCUGCUCUCGUCAGAGGAGGUCAACGAGGUGGUCGCCCACAUAGGAAACUGCCUCGUGAGGAUAUGUCCCGGUCUACCACCGAGUAAAGUGAUGAAGAAGCUCUGCAUGGAGCCUCCAGACAGGCUGACCUCUCUGCAGACUCUCUGGGAGAACAACAAGCCUGCUGAACCUGGACCCUGUGGUGGGUUUUCUCAGAUGUACAGAUGUGUGUGUGACUGGUUGGGGCUGCCUUACAAAGAAGAGGUGCAGUGGGAUGUAGACACCAUCUAUUUGACCCAAGACACCAGAGAACUCAACCUGCAGGACUUCAGCCAUCUGGAGAACAGGGAUCUGGUGGCCAUAAUAGCAGUGCUUGAGUUUAACCAGUGGUUCACCAAGCUCUCCACCAAGGACUACAAACUGUCCGCAGAUGUGUGUGAGCAGAUCCUCAGGGUGGUGACUCGGUCCAGUCGACUUGAGGAGUUGGUUCUGGACAACGCAGGACUCAAAACUGAUUUUGCCCAGAAGCUUGCUGCUGCCCUGGCCCACAACCCCAGCUCAGGACUCACCACCAUCAAUCUUGCCAACAACCCACUGGAGGACAGAGGUAUCUCCUCCCUGGGUGCUCAGUUUGCCAAACUUCGUAUGGGGCUAAAACAUUUAAACUUCUCCAAAACCUCACUAUCACCCAAAGGGGUGAACAGCCUUUGCCAGUCACUGAGUGCCAACCCGUCCAUCCCCAGCAGCCUGGUCCAUCUGGACCUCUCAGGGAACAUCCUCAGAGGAGACGACAUGCAGCAUUUCUGCCACUUCCUCGGUCAACCCAACAGCCUGGUCACCCUUGACCUCUCCAACACUGACUGCUCAUUGGACCAGGUUUGCUCUGCUCUGCUGCGAGGUGCGGUCCAACACCUCUCUGUUCUCAACGUGUCAAAGAGUGUCCUCCCUCACAGGAAAGGUAAAGAGGUGCCUCCAUCAUUCAAGCACUUCUUCAGCAGUGCCAUGUCGCUCAGCUCCAUCAACGUGUCAGGAACCAAGCUGCCGCCCGAGGCCCUCAAAGCACUUCUUCUUGGUCUGGCCAGUAACCCCAAUGUGAAGGACGUGUCUGUAGACCUCAGCUGCUGUGAGCUCGGCCAUUGUCUGCGGUCAGGAGGUUCUCAAAUCCUCGAGGGUUGUAUAGCUGAGAUCCCAAACAUCUCCAGCCUAGACAUCUCUGACAAUGGCCUGGACUCGGACCUGUCCACUCUGCUGGUGUGGUUGGCCAAGAACCGGUCCAUCAGACACCUUUCUCUGGGCAAGAACUUCAACAACAUCAAGUCAAAAAACCUCGCUCCGGUUCUGGACGGCUUGGUUCAUAUGAUUCAAGAGGAGGAGUCGCCCCUCACCUCUCUGUCUCUAGCCGACUCCAGACUGAAGACCGAUCUGACCAUCGUUCUCAACGCCCUCGGCAGCAACUCCUCGCUCACCAGACUCGACAUCAGUGGGAACGCCAUGGGGGACAUGGGAGCCAAGAUGCUGGCCAAGGCGCUGCAGAUCAACUCCAAACUCAGAACUGUGAUGUGGGAUAAGAACAACACCAGCCCUCAGGGUCUUCAGGAUGUAGCAGCCGCUCUGGAGAAGAACUUCACCAUUCGUUUCAUGCCCAUCCCCAUCAUCGAUGCCUCCCAGGCCCUGAAGGCGAGCCCAGAGAAAACAGAGGAUGCCCUGCUAAAGAUUGAGAAUUACCUCUACAGGAACCACGAGACCAGAAAGUACCUACAGGAACAGGCCUAUCGGCUUCAGCAGGGCAUUGUGACGUCAACCACACAACAGAUGAUUGACAGGAUUUGUGUGAAGGUGCAGGACCACCUGAACUCCCUGAGGAACUCCGAGACGGACGCCAUCUUGGAGGAUGUCAGGUCAGCAGAGAACCUCAUCAAAGACGCCAGAAACUCUAAAACGCUGCUUCCUAACCUCUACCACCUUGGAUCAGCCUCCAGAGACGAGGUGAACGGCUCCUCGGUGGGACCCAUCCAGGAGAAGCUGGAGUCUAUGGCCGGGGAGGUGACCACUGUCAUUGACCAACAAUUGCAGUCUCUGCUGGAGUCCAUGGUGGACACAGCAGAGUCCCUGUGUCCACAUGUGAUGACGAGUAGCAAUAUUCGUCCAGAGCUGAUGAAGGCCAGCUCGGCCAAGAUUGUCGUGCCCAAGAGCUUUGUCACCAAAAUCCUUCUGGAGCAGUCUGGGGUGGAUAUUAUCAACAAGAUCAGUGAGGUGAAGCUGAGUCUUGCGUCCUUCCUGUCCGAUCGCAUUGUGGAUGAGAUUUUGGAGGCUCUGUCCACUUCACAACACACUCUGGCAGACCAUCUGGUACGUCGAGGUCGCCCUUUGGUGCAGCAGGAGUCGGUGGAUCUGGACGUUCCCGAGGAGAAGAUUCCUAAACGGGCAUCGGCUGAAAUAUUAGAGGCUGAGAGGCUGGAUGAUCUGGAGACAUGCAUGAUGACUCCUAAAACCAAGAGGAAAAGCAUCCACAGCAGAAUGCUUCGACCAGUGUCUCGUGCCUUUGAGAUGGAGUUUGACCUGGACAAGGCCCUGGAGGAUGUGCCUGUCCAUGUGGAGGACACUUCAACUUCAUCUCAAACUCCGCCCACUCCAUCUCAGGUCCUGCCCAAGCUGGAGCAACGUCUGCCGGCAUCAAUGGUGGAGCUGCCAUCUGAGGAGGAAAAAAAGCUUCAGCACUUCACCAAACUACGACCCCGAAGGAACAAGAAAACUAAUUCCAGCAAAGUACCUCAAAUCAACGGUGCUCCAUCUCAAGAUGGGGAGCAGAAUGGCCUCAUGGGAAGGGUGGAUGAGGGUGUAGAUGAGUUCUUCUCUAAAAAAGUCACCAAGAUGAAUUCCAAACGUUCCAUGAAGAGUUCAGACUCUCAAGAUGGAGAGAAAAAGAAGGGCAAGGGAGGAUUCCUCAACCUAAUCAAACGAUCCACCAAAUCCGACAAAUCGGAUAAAUCUGACAAAUCAGAUAAGUCGGAGAAAAACCAGGCAACCAUAUUAUCCUCUGGUACAUCCUCAGCAAGCUCAGCUCCAGCCUCCACCAUCCCCGAGGAGCCCUCCUCGCCAAAGAUGGCAGUGAAGAGCCCGGUACCUGAGUCAAAGUCAAGAGAUGCCUCCAGUCGCUCACAGCCAACAGACUACAGCAGCAGCUCAGACAGAUCAGAAGAGCUGAGGACGCCCGAUUCCAUGGACGAGCCGUGGGAGUGUUCAGACGGCAGGGGCAGUCCCCAGGGAGGGAGGCGGUACCCGGGAUUGCAGAUUAUGGGCAGUGGCCUCCUGGCAGAGAUGAAGGCCAAGCAGGAGAGGAGAGCACACAAGUCUUCCAGUCCAGAUAGACCUGAGAGCAGUGCAACUGCAGCUAAAUCCCAGCCUUCGACUCCAGAAAGCAGCAGGGCUCCCAGUGGUUCCAUCAAUAAACCAGACACUGGUUCUCCAGAAAAGAUCCCAGCGCGUGGUGAGGCCAAGCCUGAACCAGCCCCACGUGUCAGAGCUACAUCCUCCUCGACUUCCCCUGGGGGACCAAUGAGUCCCAAACCACUGAUGCCGCCGGGGGCGAAGCCCACCCUGGCUGCCCGACCCAGCAUCCCACAGAAACCCAGGACCAACAGUAGCAGCAGGAGCAUAGAUGAGAGCCCAGACUCCCCCGGCAGCGGCUCUCCUAAAGUCUCAGUUCUCCCUCCCACACUGAAGAGGGCGAUGUCAGAGAAAGACAAGGAGGGACAGACCAGUCUGCUGUCCGGAGGCUCUACCAACAAAACCACUCAGGAAGUGAGGACCGCGUCCGACUCUGUUCGGCGACCCAGCCCUGUCCGUACCAACUCUGAGGACCACGGCCCCUUGAAGACCAAGGAACAAUCUCCGAACCCGGACAAGGACAAAGCAGCAGGAAGGAAGUCGUCCGAUUCUAGAGAGGAGGCAGACAAAGACUUUAUUUUCAUAUGAGCUAAACUAAUUUUGAACAAAAAAAAGUGUUGACAAGCCACAGAUGUUUUCCUUUUAGAAAAGAAACUAAGGGGGAAUAUAAUCUCUAUGUUUAUAUUUAUGUUAAGAGGUUGUACCUGAACUGCAGGUCCUGUCUGACCACAAAGUACUUACUUACUGAUGUUUGGUCUGCACGAAGACCUGCUAUAGUAUCGGGUGACAGACAGAUUCAAAUUCAAUUUAAUUUCAUGAUCUACGAAGAAAAUAUUAAUAUUAACAUUUUGGGGGAUUUUGCUAAAUAGUUUUUUAGUCGUCGUGUCAUGUCUCCUAGUAAACCAAACUAAAUCUCCUUAGAGCUUCCGUCUCAAAGACACAAUUUCUCCAGAUCUGGUUUCAACUUGCUCUUUGCGGUCAGGUGAAAAUGUCACAUCUCUAAAAGGAUAAAACCGUUUCAGGAUUUGAUGGAGUGGGUGGUGGGAGGAUCCAGUUCAUUCAACCAAUGAAUGAUGAAACCUGUAUAUAGGUUUGUGAACUGGAAAAAAAAAAAAAAAAAAAAGCAAAAGAGGGAUGUGUUUCUUCCAGGAAACAGCAGACUGUGAAUCAGUGUAUAUUUAAAAUGAUCUUUGACUAAUAACCUACGGCCUUUUUACUAUUAUUUUUGCAGUAGCUUGUCUCCCAGGGACCAAACAUACAAUAACAACACCACUACCACUGUACUGUACUUGAACUCAAGCAUAAAACCAGACCAGGACCCGGUGGCAUUAUCUUCCUUCAGUUUAUCUGUAUAGAUUUUUCUAGGGGCUAUUUUCAGUACGUGAAGUUACUUUUCCUUUGGACUGAAUCCAUUAUGCAAUUCAUCAUUUCUUACAGGAAAAUACAGGUUCAGCUGAUAAUUUCAGCAAAAGUAAAUCGGUAAUACACACUUGAUGUAGCUUGCCUGACAGUAAAAUUUUAAGUCAUUCCAAGGGGAGUAAACGGACUCUUCACUGAAGGACUGAAGGAUGGCAAUAAACUAUAUCAGACACACCGCAUGGACCAAAUUCCUUCUAAUGUGUGUGAGUCGGAAUGGCCAUAUGAAUUGUUUGUGCUUUGAGAGGACUGUGGUACAUUGGACAACCAAUCAAUAAGGCUUCGGCACUGUUAACACACACUGAACACUGUGGAUGAAACCCCUUAUUUUUACAUUCAGCUGCUGAGGUGGGUUCUUUUGUUUUGUUUGUUUGUUUUAUGCACUAACAUGUGACACUAAUGAUGUGCCGAUGGUCCAAUGAAGGCAAAGAACUUACUAAGUAAGAGGAAUAGCAAAGAGAAUCUGCUUGAACGUAACAUGGGAAACGCAGUUGCGUGUUUCAGCAGCUGUUUUGAGACAGAUUUCAACCUCUUCAGUUUGUGUAAAAGCAGAACACUGCGUGAACUCCAGCCUGCAAAUGCUCUUUGUCCCUCAGCAUUUUCUAGAGAAUCUUUCCCUCGGGACUUUCAAAUCUAGCUCACUUUCACUUUGUACUGUGCAAUACAAAGCCCUUCUUCAGACUCACAGCACCGUGAUCACAUUGCCUCUGUCUUUGGGAAUACGGCGCCUGAAGUGAAAGUGAGCUGAAGGGGAGCUGUAUUUUCACCACAUGGACCUCUCAACUGUUCUGUAACAACAGCAUACUGUAGGUCUCAGGAUGAUUCCUCUCAUUGUUCUCUUAUAAAAGCAAGAAAUGCCCUUUUCACACUGCUACACCGUCUGCAACCAGAUCCCCUGAUAGAUUGUGGCAGUUCCUAAAAUCAAUUACAACUUGUAGCUUUUUUUGUGGACACUGAGUCUGGGAAUUUUCUUCAUGAUGCAUAAUAUAAAAUGAUUUGGGGCAGAAGACUGGCCUGUCACACUUAGACAGCAUACACAUGUCUAAAUGAGGUUGUAUUAAAAUGAAUGACUAAACUACUCCCCAGGAAGACAUACGUUCUAAUGCAUAAUCAGAGUGAAAGGGGCACAACUUGUAUUGUAUUGUACUGUAAAAGAGUCAAAAACACGUCUGGGACUAUUCUUACUACUGAUGCACCUUUUCCUGUGAUGUCUAUGUCAAUGUCUUUUCAUAGUGUUAUGAUUAGGUCUUAAGUUCUUUGUUACUAAUCGAGGCUUGGAAAUAACAUUGUUCCUGCUGUACAUAGUCGAUCUGUACUUGAUGUCAAUGACUGCUCUGUUUUUCAGUCUGUCCCAAAAUCAAACAUCAUUUUUGUGUGGAGGGCAUUCCAAAAAAGUGGAAGGAAAAAAAACAACAACAGUACUUUUCAGUAUGUUUAAAGUGAACUCUGUUGGCAUUUUCAGCCGUUUUCCUGAUUUCCUUCUGUGUGGGACUUCAGAAACGGCUGGCUUUGUUUCUGUCAAGGGUGAAAGAGUGACAAUGACUUCCUGUUCAAUUUUGCAAAAUGAGCAUCCACCUCAUUUCUGUGGAGAAAGUGAAAAUGACCAGUAGCGCUGUGUCUAGAAUAUGCGUUUGUGUGUGUGAGAGAGAGUUGUACCGUAUGUAUAUAUGUGCUUUCAUACAUGUAGGUGUAUGCAUGUGUAUAUAGGUAUGUGUAAUAUAUGCACAUGUAAUAUUCACACGCCUAUGUGACCACAGCAGAUGCUUUAUUGUUUUGGUACCGAGUUCACUACUAUACUAAAGGUUUCUUUGUAACUUAUUUGGGAAAAAAAUUAUUUUAAGUUGCCGGUGACGUCUUAAACCUUUUGUUUCUCCUCUCACUUGUACAUUGUAUUCAUUUAAAUGUAGAAAUUGACUCUUUGUUUGCAUUAAUUUGUUAUUACAUGUAAUCAAUUUAAUGUUACUUUCAUCGUAGAUUCAGAAAAUAAAUGAUGCAAAACAUCUUGAGCUGGGGGGAAAAAAUAUAAAUACUAAUGACUUUUACUGUACUCAUGUUACUGGUCUUGAUAUAUUGUUCCAUUUUGUCAUGGAUCAGUAAGUUUCACUUAGUCAUUCUGCUGGUGUUGGACAUUUCUUCAUGCAAAUAAUAAUACUGAUUAAAGCAAUUUUACAUGAUUUAAAAUCUC